UACAACCCCAAAACACCAUCCCGUCCCGUUAGAAAAAGGAAAAUGCAACCCAAGAGCCAAAUUGACCUAUUCCAGGGCUGGCCCGCCACAGCCAUGCUGCCAACCCAGCGCCUAAAACAAGCAGCUAACGACGUCCUUUCUAACAAGAUCAUCGCCAGUGAUGGACUAGCAUACGGUCCUGAUGAAGGCUACUUCCCUCUCAGAAAGAACAUAGCCAAGUGGUUGACCGAUUCUUAUGUUCCCCUGCAUACUAUAAAUGCAGAGCGCAUUUGCAUAACCGGCGGCGCAAGUCAGAACCUAGCAUGCAUACUGCAGGUAUUCACAGACCCGGUCCAAACACAGAGGAUCUGGAUCAUUGAUCCGUGCUAUCAUCUUGUCUUUCGGGUUUUUGAGGAUGCCGGAUUUGCGGGGCGCAUGGUUGGGGUUUCGGAGGAUCAGGAUGGCAUGGAUGUUACUGCUCUUGAGCUUGCUUUGAGUGAGUUUGAAAAUAGGGAGAAUACCGAUCAACAUCAUAAGGGUUCCAAGCCUCAAACCCCAUAUCGGAAGAUAUACAAGCACGUUGUAUACUGUAUCCCGAGUUUCUCCAACCCAUCUGGCACGACAAUGUCGCGCAUGCGGCGUGAAGCGCUUGUCAGGGUUGCUCGGAGGUAUGACGCUCUCAUCGUAUGUGAUGAUGUGUAUGAUUUUCUUACUUGGAGGGAUUCCUCUACCUCCGAGGCUGUGGCUAAGACGCCGGCACGCAUUGUCGAUGUUGACCGAGAACUUGAUGGAGGCCCUCAAGAUCAAUAUGGUAAUACUGUGAGCAAUGGUUCUUUCAGCAAACUCAUCGGACCUGGGUGUCGGGUUGGAUGGGCUGAAGGAACGGAGAGCUUUAUCUAUGGUCUUUCUCAGGCAGGUUCUACACGUUCGGGCGGUGCUCCUUCACAGCUUAUGUCGACUUUUAUAAACGAGUUACUGGAAGAUCACUUUUUACCGGAGUAUAUCACGAACGUUCUCAUUCCGCAGGGUCGAAGGCGUUAUGAUGUACUGGCAUCAGCUAUUAAGAAACAUCUUGGUCAUCUGGGUGUGUCGUUCACUCCUGAUCCUGAGACUACCUCGGUGGUGGGUGGAUACUUCAUCUGGAUCCAACUUCCUGUUGCUUUGAAUGCUACUCAAGUGUGUCGGUCAGCUCUUGAGGAGCAGAACUUGGUGCUAGGUACUGGUGAAUUCUUCGCUGUGCCGGGAAGAGCUUCUGUGGAAAGGGAUUUGCAUCGCAGAUUGAGACUUUGUCUCAUGUGGGAGGAUGAAGAGCGCUUGGUUGAGGGUGUUGAGAGGCUUGAGGCCGUCAUUGAAAGCUUAAUUCAUGAUCAACAGCAAAUAAGAAGCGAGAGAUAG